AGGGAGGGGCCGGGGCCAGGUAGAGGUGCCCGGCGGCGAGGCGCCGAGGGACGGAAUGAGGUGCUGCCGCCUCUGCAGAUUCGACGCGGCCCGGGGUCCCCGGCGGCUUAUGCGCGUGGGCCUCGCAUUGAUCCUGGUGGGCCACGUGAACCUGCUGCUGGGGGCCGUGCUGCACGGCACCGUCCUGCGGCACGUGGCCAAUCCCCGCGGCGCCGUCACUCCGGAGUACAUCACCGCCAAUGUCAUCUCCGUGGGCUCAGGGCUGCUGAGUGUUUCCGUGGGACUUGUGGCCCUCUUGGCAUCCAGGAACCUUCUUCGCCCACGACUGCACUGGGCCCUGCUGGCACUAGCUCUGGUGAACCUGCUCUUGUCCGCUGCCUGCUCCCUGGGCCUCCUCCUUGCUGUGUCACUCACUGUGGCCAAUGGCGGCCGCCGUCUUAUUGGUGACUGCCAUCCAGGACUGCUGGAUCCUUUGCUACCGCUGGACCAGGGGCCUGGACACACUGACUGCUCCUUUGACCCCACAAGAAUCUAUGAUACAGCCUUGGCUCUCUGGAUCCCUUCUUUGCUCAUGUCUGCAGCGGAGGCUGUUCUGUCUGGUUACUGCUGUGUGGCUGCACUCACUCUACGUGGGGUUGGGCCCUGCAGGAAGGAAGGACUACAGGGGCAGCUGGUGGAACUGACAGAGCUUGAACUUCCUAAAUUUAAAAGGCAGGAAAAUGAACAGCUACUGGAUCAAAAUCAAGAAAUCCAGGCAUCACAGAAAAGUUGGGUUUAGGACAGGUGCUGAUCCAGAGGCUCAGUCCCCAAGAGUUUUCCACUGACUCCUAGGAUGAUAUAAACAAUUAUAAUAAAAGAACUCUUUUAUUCUA